AGAUGAGAUUAAUCUCUCUCUCUCUCUCUCUCUCCCCCUUCUCUUUCUGUUCUUUUAGCUAUACAACUAAAGCCCAGAAUUGCAGCCAUUGAUUGGACGCGUUAAUUUUGCAUAAAAACCGAGAAUAUAAGUGCAACUAAAAAGAACAAACUAGAUGCCACAAUCGCAAUAUGACGUGUUAUGUGAUGGAGUUUUGACAAGCCGGCAGCGGAACAUCUCCCAAAUAUGCGUGUGAGAAUUGCGGUACAUUCCAAGACCUCGAUGAGGUCCGAUGUUCUAGCGCGUAAAUUAAAACGAUUGUCGACUAGUUAAACGAUUAUACGUGAUCAUGCAACUGGAAAUGUCACUGAGUAUAUCGUCUGAUGACAAGACUGAUUCAUCCUGGUCGAGGAAGGAAAGGAAGAAAUGGUUCUGGUUGUUGCUAAUCGGAACAUGUCUGAUAUAUGCCACACGUACAUCUGUCCCUUUGUUGAUACCUGUUGUCAGCAAAGAGAAGUACUGGUCAAAGCCAGACUCUGGUAUAGUAUUGUCCAGUUUCUUCUGGGGAUACACACUGUUGCAAGUGGCCAGUGGUUACAUUAGCGACAGAAUUGGUGGACAGAAAGUAUUAUGGAUAUCUGCUUUUGGUUGGUCAAUAACAACCUUUUUCAUGCCAGAAGUGAUAAGAUUUCCCAAAGGUGAGAUCUGUAUCAUACUGGUUACAACAGUAAGAAUGAUAAAUGGUGCAUUCCAAGGAAUGCAUUUUCCUAGCAUGAUAAGUUUGAUCAGUCAACGCUUGCAUGAGACAGAACGCGCCUCCUUCUUUAGCUUAUUAACAUCAGGAUCUGCUCUGGGUAUAUUACUCACUGGAUCCUUGGGCUCCUUUCUCUUGGAGAACUAUAACUGGAUGAUUGUCUUUCAAACCUUGGGGGGCAUGAGUUUGGCAUGGACAGUCUUAUUAAGCUACUACAUCCUGCCAUUUAAAGAAAGAGCAACUUUUACUGAGCGGACCACUAGCUAUAAUUUACCUUGGUUCAAGCUUCUAUCAACACCUCCAUUCUGGUCUUGUGUAAUCGGACAUGCUUGCCAAAAUAAUUGUUUUUUUGUAUUACUGUCAUGGAUGCCUACAUAUUUCCAUGACACAUUUCCUGAAGUUAAGGGCUGGGUCGUAAAUAUGGUACCAUGGUUAUCGAUGUUGCCGUGUACAUUUUUGGGAAAAGUUUUAUCCGAAAGAAUGAUUAAGUCCGGCUUUUCUGUGACUGUGACACGCAAGACAACUCAAACAGUUUGUUUUGUCACCGAAAUUGGAAGUCUUUUGGUUCUGUCGAAAGUGGAAACUUUUCAAAGUGCGAUAUUGUGUCUUGCUUUAAUUAUUGGCGCUUCAGGCUUCCAUAAUAAUGCGAUUGCCGUAAAUCCUUCAGAUCUCGCACCAAAGCAUGCUGGCAGCGUAUUUGGUCUUAUGAAUACUAUUGGCGCAAUACCUGGUUUCCUCGGUGUAUAUUUAGCCGGGCACAUUUUACAUAUAACACACAGCUGGUCUGUUGUUUUUUUAUCUAUUGCUGUUGUCAAUGCAUUAGGAUGUAUAAUGUAUUUAUUAUUCGGUUCUGGCCAAGCAAUUAUAUAACUUAUAAAUCUGUA